UCGCCUCUUUGUCUGUGGUGGGAAAAGGCGUCGGGCCCGUUCCGCCUCAGCUCGUCAUUCAGCCGCCCCGGGCCCGGCUCCGUCCCUCGCGUGCUCCUCUUCCGCGCCCCUCCCUUCCGUUCGUCGGUUGGCCUCUCCGUGUGGGCGCGCGCACGCGCAAGGGCGCGGGCCCAGGCCUCGCCCUCGCGCGGGACGGUCCCGGCGCUUCCUCUCGGCUUGGGGCUUCUCCGCGCCUCCCUACUGCCCGGUCGGCAAGAACGGGCCGGGACGCGGCUGCCCAGCGGCUGGAGGGACCAUGGCGGCGAGCGCCAAGCGGAAGCAGGAGGAGAAGCACCUGAAGCUGCUGAGGGAGAUGAGCAGCCUCCCGCCCAACCGCAAGUGCUUCGACUGUGACCAGCGCGGCCCCACCUACACCGACAUGACCGUGGGCAGCUUCGUGUGUACCUCCUGCUCCGGCAUCCUGCGAGGUUUAAAUCCACCUCACAGAGUGAAGUCCAUUUCUAUGACCACUUUCACGCAGCAUGAAAUAGAAUUUCUACAAAAGCAUGGGAAUGAAGUAUGUAAACAGAUCUGGCUAGGAUUAUUUGAUGAUCGAUCAUCAGCAAUUCCAGACUUCAGGGAUCCACAAAAGGUCAAGGAAUUUCUACAGGAAAAAUAUGAAAAGAAAAGAUGGUAUGUUCCACCAGAACAAGCAAAAGUUGUGGCAUCAGUCCAUGCAUCUAUAUCUGGGUCCUCCGCUAGUAGUACAAGCAGUACACCUGAAGUCAAGCCACUUAAAUCUCUCCUGGGAGAAUCUGCACCAGCAUUGCACUUAAAUAAGGGCACACCUACUCAAUCUCCUGUUGUAGUUCGGUCUCAAGGACAGCUACAUGAAAAAAAGUUUGAUCUUCUUGGUGACCUUGGUUCAGAUAUAUUUGCUGCUCCUGCUCCUCAGUCAACAGCUACAGCAAAUUUUGCUAAUUUUGCACAUUUCAACAGUCAUACAGCACCGAACUCUGCAAAUGCAGGGUUUGCAAACUUUGAUGCAUUUGGACAGUCUAGUGGUUCGAGUAAUUUUGGUGGUUUCCCCACAGCAAGUCAGUCUGCUUUUCAACACCAAAAUACAGCGUUCAGAACGCUUUCAUCUAGCUGCAGUUUUGGUGAAUUUACUACUUCUGCUUUCCCUCUCCAGGCUGUACGCAGUGGCAGUGCUGCUAAUUUUGCACACUUUGAUAACUUCCCCAAAUCCUCCAGUGCUGAUUUUGGAGCUUUCAAUACUUCUCAGAGCAACACAACUUCAGCCAGUAAAACUCUUGUGAAUAAACCGAAUCUCCACUCAGCAGAUAAAUACGCAGCUCUUGCUAAUUUAGAUAAUAUCUUCAGCACAGGGCAAGGUGGUAGCGAGCAAGGAGGUGGAUUUGGUGUUGUCAGUACAGCACCAGCAGGCCCUGCUGUGUCAGCCCCAAGUCAACCAAGUGCAUCGUCAGACAAGUAUGCAGCUCUAGCAGAAUUAGACAGUGUGUUCAGCUCCACAGCAACCUCUAGUAAUGCAUAUACUUCCACCAGUAAUGUUAGCAGCAAUGCUUUUGGAACAGUACCAGUGGGUUCUAAUGCACAGACACAGCCUGCAUCAUCAAGUGUGCCUGCUUCAUUUGGAGCAACACCUUGUACAAAUCCAUUUGUUGCUGCUCCUGUAGCCUCUGUAGCGCCUUCAACGAACCCAUUCCAAACCAGUAGCAGAACAGCAACAGGCCUCUCAGGACCAAUGCAUUCUCACAUAUUUCCUCAGGCUCACUUUGCAGCAACAUUUGGAACCGCGUCCAUGAGCAUGCCUGCAGGAUUUGGAACACCUGCCUCAUUCAGUCUUCCAACUAGCUUUAGUGGUAACUUCCAACCAUCUGCAUUCCCAGCACAGGCAGCCUUUCCUCAGGCUGCUUUCGUCCAGCAACCUAAUGGUGCAGGCUUUGCUGCAUUCGGACAGGCAAAACCAGUAGUAACCCCAUUUGGGCAAGUUACAGCUGUUGGCGUAUCUAGUAAUCCAUUUAUGGCAGGUGCACCAGCAGGACAAUUUCCAACAGGAAACUCAUCAACCAAUCCUUUCUUAUAGCCUUAUAGACACUUUACCGAAAAGAACUCUUAUGUGAACACAUAACAUCUCUGCGCCUCUUGCACUGUUGUCUUGUUUCACUGAUUUAGCUUUAAACACGAGAGAAAUCUUUAAAAGUAAAAAGCCUGCAUUGUGUGUUACAACCAAGAAACACCAGGUAAUGGGCAAAACAAGGGGCUGUGAUAACAUCCGUUAUCUGUAUGUUGGCAGGAGAAUGUUAAUGGUAUCAUGUAUAUUAAAAUUGGCUAAUAAGUUAUUGCAGAUACCACGUUCAUUAUGCUGCAGUACUGUACAUAUUUUUUCUUAGGAAUUAGUUAUUUGUGCAUAUCAGUAUUUGUAACUUUUAACACAUUUGUUAUGUGACAAAAUGUUACUGGGGAAAAGAUCAGCCACUUUACAGAGCUGUGGUAUCUCUUGGAAUGAAUGACCUACAUCAUUUUAACCAUUGCUAUUUGGGAGUUAUGAGUUCAAAAUUGGAGGUUUUAUUCAUUUCUCAAAGUGUUUUUCCUUUCCUAAAGAGCUCAUCUAUUUAUACAUGCCUAAAUUCUCUAUAAUGUAGAGGGAUACCUGUCUGCAUAACAAUGAAUUUGAUCAUGUUUUACUACAGUUUGCAGGUGGAGAAAAAAUAAAUAUUAGAAAAGUA